AUGGGCCGAGACGGGAGCAUCGUGCCAGCUGAUCCGCAAGGGAUAGUGAAGAAGAGGGCGGCAGGUUCGCGUUGCUGGAUCCUGAUGGACGCAACGGGGCAGAGCUCCGUGUUGGACGCCGACAAGUACGCCAUAAUGCACCGAGCCCAAAUUCAUGCUCGCGAUCUUCGCAUCCUCGAUCCCCUCCUGUCGUAUCCUUCCACAAUACUCGGCCGUGAGAAGGCCAUUGUUCUCAAUUUGGAGCAUAUUAAGGCGAUUAUUACUGCCAAAGAGGUGUUGCUCCGAGAUCCAAUGGAUGAUAAUGUUGUGCCUGUUGUUGAGGAACUACGGAGGCGAUUGCCUCCUGCGAACUCUAAUCUUGAAGGUCAAAGUGAUGGAAAGGAGAUAGCUGGGCAACAGGAUAUUGAUACUGGUGAAGAAGAUGAAUCUCCGUUUGAAUUCCAGGCUCUGGAGGUGGCUUUGGAAGCCAUUUGUAGUUAUCUUGCUGCACAAACAACAGAACUGGAGACUGCUGCUUAUCCUGCUUUGGAUGAACUCACUUCCAAGAUUAGUAGUCGUAACCUAGAUCGGGUUCGUAAAUUGAAGAGUUCAAUGACACGGUUGACAGCUCGGGUUCAAAAGGUGAGAGAUGAGCUUGAACAAUUACUGGAUGAUGAUGAUGAUAUGGCUGAUCUUUACUUAUCCAGAAAAUUGGCUGGUGCAUCUCCUGUAAGUGGCUCAGGGGCCACCAAUUGGUCUCCUGCAUCUCCUACUAUAGGAUCCAAGAUAUCUAGAGCAAGUAGGAUGAGUACAGCUACAUUUCAUGAUGAAAACAAUGUUGAGGAGCUGGAAAUGUUGCUUGAGGCUUACUUCAUGCAAAUUGACGGAACGUUGAACAAAUUGACUACAGUAUCUGGACAAUCACCGAAACCAGUUGAUUCAGGUGCUAUAUUUGGCAUGAAUAUUCCGUAUACAUGGAAUGAUAAUCAUGGAUACGUGUUUAAAUGGGUGGUCAUCUUUGCAGGACUGUUAUCAGCUGCCAUAUUUGCAAUUAUAAUUUUCUAUUCUCGCUACAAGGGUCUUGUUGGAUCUUAA